UCAUAUGUUUUCUUUUCUUGCUCUUGUUCAUUAUCGUGUUUUUGUAAUGGAUUCCGUGAACAGCUAAAAAUUUUAUUCAUAACUUUCUGUUAUAUUUAUUUGUCUGUUUUGUUUUCAAAAAAUUACAAUGUUUCCGUUAAUGGUAAAAAGAUUCCAAACAGUGUUAAAAUUUAGUAAUGUGCACUCUCUAGCAAUACGUCCUGUGAAUACAGAUCUCAAAGUUAACCUUACUAUCAACAACAGGAAUCCUAGGAAUUUAGAAAGGAUGCGAAUUGCUAUUAAACCAAGUGGUUAUCAUUUAGAUGUGGCAGGCAGAAAACAAUAUUGGCAUAAAUUAGUACUUUUGCAAUCACAAAGACAUGCUAUAGCUUCUGUAGUACAUAACAAUGGUUUUACUGUAGUGACUGCUUCCACGAGUGAAUGGCCAAUCAGAAAGUUUCUUCACCAAGCUAAUGAUCUUAGUGCAUACAUAAAUUUGGGUCGCGUUCUGGCUGAUCGAUGUUUGGAGAGUGGAAUCCAUUUCAUGGUAUGUGAUGUUGAUUUGAAAGAAUCCAGAAGUGCCAAAGUGAAACAAUUCUUAGAGAACUUUGAACAAGGAGGUGUGAUGUUGAAAGAACCAGAAGUAUUUAAGCCAAGGGAUCCUUGGCGUAAAUUUCAUGAACAGAAACCAUGGACUGUUGGCAUUGAAUAAUAGUACUUUUUUAUUGAUUGUAGUUUGAAUACCGUAGCCUACAAUUCAUAAUUAAAUAAAAAUAAGCUUUAACCAAUA